CCCUGCGAAGAGCAGCACUAGCCCCUCGGAGCGGGAAAACUGCUGGGAAUAAGGUGGGGUUUGUUUCGGCCGCCGCAUGAGUACGUCCUCGCCCGGCGAUGGCCCCGCAGCCCACGCCGGCCUGGGUGCUGCUGCUGGCCCUGCUGGCCAGCUGCCUGCCAGGUGGGUGGCCCAGGGACUUCACCAUCAAGGACAUCGUCUACCUCCACCCUUCCACCACCCCGUAUCCUCACGGAUUUAAGUGCUUCACCUGCGAAAGGGCAGCAGAUAAUUACGAAUGCAACCGCUGGGCUCCCGAUGUCUAUUGUCCAAGAGGUACAAGAUACUGCUUCAGCCAGCACAUGAUGAAAGUUACUGGAGAGAGUGUGUCUGUCACCAAACGCUGUGUGCCACUGGAGGACUGUCUGGCCACUGGUUGCACUUAUGUGAAGCAUGAAGAGUACAAGGUCUGCACCUCCUGCUGCGAGGGCAGCAUCUGCAACCUGCCCCUGCCCAGGAACACCAGCGACGCCGUCUUCACAACCCUCUCCCCCCCCAGCAAAGCCCAGCAGCUCUCCCGGCCCCUCCUGCUGACCACGGCCUGUCUCUUCUGCCUGGGCUUGAUGUCACAGCCCUGGGUCACCCCAGGGUCUCACGGCUGAGGCUGGUACAGACACUCUUCUUGACUCCUGCCUUUGCUCUGCGGAGAACCGUGCUGGGGAAGAAUCCCUGCCAGCUGCUCUGCCCGUCGCUCACGCAGCCCAAACUCCCCUGUGAUGCUGUCACAGCACUAACCCUGGUGUCUCCUUAACCUGCCCCCCCGAGAACACACCAUCAAUAAUACAGUCUUUGCAGUCUCCCCACAUCCCCUGCCCCUCUGGGAGAGGCAGCAAGGCAGCAGGAGCUGGAUGAGGCCGAAGGAGCAGCAGCAGCAGCUUGGGUCAGGCUGGCCUUGCACACAAGAAGCUUCCUCCAAGGUUGUCCACCUGCAGCCCGAAGAGCCAACC